GGGAAAAAUUCACAGUAAUAGUGAAUAACCUCCUGAUAAUAAAGGUUCAAGCAGGAGCAGGGACUCACUGCGUGUUGUUUCGGACUAUGCUUCAUUAAUAUAAAAGAAGAAGAAGAAAAAAUCUAGUUCUGAUGAGGUACGAGCAUCUUUUAGUGUGAAAGCGGGGGCUGCUUCUUCCUCCAGCCCCUUCCAUCUUCCUGGGGGGCGGGGAGGCCGCUAUCGGUUCGGUCUCCAGCCUGCCUACGGAGGUCGAGCGGUGGGCUGCGGGUCAAAGUCAAACUCUUCCCAGUUAAACCCCGUCUGAGCAGCAGCAGCAGCAGCAGCAGCAGCAGCAGCAGCAGCUCCGCGCAUCCAUCUGCGGACAUGGACUUCUCCAUCAGAGCGGCGAACGUGGAGGACUGCAAGGACAUCGCGCGGAUGAUCAGGGAGCUGGCAGAGUACGAGAAGGUGGCUGAUCAGGUUAAAGUCACACAGAAAGACUUGGAGCAAGACGGAUUCUCCAAGAAUCCGUUCUUUCACGGCAUCGUUGCCGAGGUGCCGGAACAGCACAGAACCAAAGAAGGACAUACGAAGAUUGGCUAUGCACUUUACUUCUACUCCUACAGCUCCUGUGCAGGAAGAUCCAUUUACAUGGAGGACUUGUACGUGAUGCCAGAAUUUCGAGGGAAGGGAAUUGGAAAAGCACUUAUGAGCAAGGUAGCACAGCUGGGUCUGGCCGCUGGAUGCAACCAGCUCAACUUCACGGUUCUGGACUGGAACAAGUCAUCUGUGGACUUUUACCUGAGCCAGGGCUGCGUCGAUGUCACGGAUAAAAUAGGCUACCACUGCAUGCGCUGCGAGGGUGAGGCACUGGAGCACCUGGCACAACCGUAACCCGACGCUGCGACUUUUGAAACCCUUGAAGUCGGUCCAGGCAACGCAGAGCUCCACUUUACGGCCCAUUGUUUAAAACGUCAUGAUGGUUUGUAAAUCAGUGGCUUUUUCUUGCCAAACCUUUUGCACCUUAAGUCAUUAAUUAUUUAUCCGACGGACCUUAAAGCCAUUUUAGGGCUCGAUUUACCCAUGACAAUUAUGCAAAAAUGUCCAAAUGAAGUUUUUUCAUUAUUUUGUAUCGAUAACAAGAAAAAUCAGGGUAGCCUUUUUAAAAUUUCACUCCACAACUAUAUUUUUAUGGUAGUUUUUGGUAGAAAAUCUGUGUUUUUAAUCAAGCUCCACAUUAUAUCCUCUUAAAGCUACACAGCAAUAUUUGGAAGAUAUUGGCAGAAUGAACCAUCAUAAACCAAUACAACAGAUUUGAUGUCAAAUCAGUUUUACUCAAAAGUGUGGGAGAACGUUUAUAUGCACAAAAAUCCAGGUUUCUAGAUGCAGAAAUCACAUUUAAUGUCACGGGAAGAAAAGGCAACACUUUCUUUGACGGGGUGUGCAUAAGAUUGACAUGUUCAUAAACAUGAUAUAACAUCUGUUAUGAACAUGAAGGAGCCUUCAUGAAUG